AUUGCAGUGGAUACAGAGUCUGGCAUACAGAGUCCCCUGUGUUUGUAGCUAUAAGUACCUGGGUCCGGUCCCACCCCUCCUGACUCUAGUUGGCCUUUUCUGCAGGGCAGAUUCAGUUGGAAACAGUUCCCUGGUAGGCUGGUAGCAAACUCAGGGGACAGUAAUUAUAAGAAAUAAAGUCGCCUCGGGCGCCUGAGGCUGUCUUCUCCAUGCCUUUGAGGAAGGGACUUCCCGUAAGGACUCCAUCUUGCUUGUGUGGCGCUGACAAAGGGGUUCGGGACCUCCCCUCCCCUUCCUCAGCAGCCGUCGUUGAUCUCCAAACCUCCAGCUCCAGACCCCACAGACUCUCUUCACAAGCAAACCGGGAGGACAUUGGUGACGGAUCACUGCCUUCAGUCCACACCAUGGGGCAUAAUAACGUAGGUAACUCCUUGCAAAGAAGAGCAAGAUGCUGGAGUAUUUACCGAAGGAGAUAUAACAACUGGUCUGAACAAGUCAGUUCUGGCAUUUGUCCUUCACCCCACCAGCAGCAAGAUGGAGAUCCAGCAACAAAUGGCACUCACAUGAGCACCCGAGUAAGAUACACUCCCUAUGCCAUUCCACCGUGUCAUUGGAGAGGCAAUUUUCAGAAACAAGACCAAGUCCAAGCUAACAUGGAGGGAGAGCAAAAGCCUCCAGAGAGAAAAAUGAAGGGGGAGAGGCAGGAUGAGACCUCGGGGAGCUGGUUCAAGAUCAUAAUUCCAUUCGGCAUCAAAUAUGAAGAGACGUGGCUGCUGAAUCUGAUUCAGGGACAAUGCAGUGUCCCCUUCACCCCAGUUGAAUUUCACUAUGAGAAAAUGCAGGCCCAGUUCUUUGUUGAGAAUGCCAGCAUUGCCUUUGCAUUGAAGAGUGUCAACGGGAAGAUCUGGGAUGAGAAUAAUGAAACGGUCUCUGUCUUUGUCUACCCCUCUGACGCACCCCACUCUGUGCAGAAGGAGCUGAUGUCAGAAAAGGUGGAGCAGACAAAGCUUUUGCCCUUGAACCCAAGCAACAAGAAGCCUUACCAGCGGGAUGGCCCAUCCAGCAUUAUGCAGAAUGCCUCCAGUAUCAAGCCCUUGAACAGUGAGGUGAAGUCCGCAGGGGAGUUGGACAAGAGCAAAAGCCUGCAGCCAGAAGAGAUGAGUGCCAACAGAAGCUCCCUGUGCACCGCUUUUCCUGAUAAAUCAACCAACAUAAGCUCCAUCCUGGAAUUGUUUCCCAAGUUAUUAUGCCUGGAUAGCCAGGAGUCGCCUUCACCAACCAGCAUUGGUAUUGCAGCUCACAAGAAGUUACCAACCUGCAAGGGAAGCUUCUUUGGAUCUGAUGCACUGAAGAGUCUAAUCCUGCAAUUCCUACUGCAGUACUACUUGAUCUACGACUCUGGAGACCGUCAGGGUCUCCUCAGUGCCUACCACGAUGAGGCCUGCUUCUCCCUGACCACUCCCUUCAACCCCAAGGACCCAGCCCUAAGCAGCUUGUGUGAAUACUUCAAGGAGAGCAGGAAUUUGAAGAAACUUAAGGACCCCUCCCUGCGUGUUCAGCUGCUGAAGCAAACAAAGUGUGACAUCGUGCGCUCCCUCUGUGUGCUGCCCAAAACUCAGCAUGACCUCAGCUUCUUUGUGGUGGACAUGUGGUUCCAGACGGAGAUGAUGAUCUGCUUCUCCGUCAAUGGGGUGUUCAAGGAAGUGGAAGGAAUGUCUCAGGAUUCUGUUCGCGCCUUCACCCGGACCUUCAUCGCUACCCCUGUCAGCAAUUACAGCCUGUGCAUCGUGAAUGAUGAGCUGUUUGUGAGGGACGCCAGCCCCAAGGAAACCCAGAGCACAUUCUCUAUCCCAGUGCCCACACACUCCUGCAGUUCCUGGCCCACCCUCUGCCAGAAGCAGCAGGAAGUGGUACAGACUUUCUCCACUCAGUCUGGGAUGAAUCUCCAGUGGCUUCAGAAGUAACUUCAUGACAGCCAGUGGGACUACACAGGUUCUCACUUGGCCCAAGGCCAAGCACACAAUCCCAAAGGAGGCCCUCACCCAGACUCAUCCAGGAUCCUGAGAACGCAGCCCUGACAAGAAACUCUUGGAUGUAGUCAUCUUCAUCCUCAUCUUCAUCAUCUUUGUUGUCUUUUUUCUGUAGCCUGAGUUAGUUGACUGAGUGGGAGGUUUGCUUGGGGCUGGGAAGCCAACGUUUAACUGACACUAAUCCGCUCAAAGAUCAGUUGUGUAGGGAUCCCUGGGUGGCGCAGCGGUUUGGCGCCUGCCUUUGGCCCAGGGCGCGAUCCUGGAGACCCGGGAUCGAAUCCCACGUCGGGCUUCCGAUGCAUGGAGCCUGCUUCUCUCUCUGCC